AUGCAUGCUGAUGCGGAGGGCCCUUUGGACCGACACUCGGUGCCGGCCACAUCGACAGCCUUUCCGUCUCUUCCCUUCUUGACAGACGCAUAUAUCCAGGGGCCACAGUCUUCUGCAGCAGCGCAGCAGCACUUUUUGCUGCUGCAGCCGAGCAGCACCCCAGAGCCCGUCUGCGGUCCUGGGGUGGAGCGGCUUAGCGCCGCAGGUGUUGAAGGCUGGGUGCCAGACACGACAGCACCGUCUGCGAUGCAUCUUCUGGGAGCUUCUCGCGACGGAGAGGCGGGGGAUUUUAUCUCUGGAGUUCAAGACCCGACAUCGUUUGCAGCUUCAUACUUCGGCUCGUACCUCUGCUCGCCCUCUACAGAUAACGCGCAAACCCCUACAGCAGCAAACGCUCAUUCUUCUCUAUCACCCAUUCAACUUGUAACGAGUCCAGAAACAGGAGGCGGCAGCAGCACCGUUGGCGGAGCUCCUCUUGGAGGGCAUCCACUUUGCUCUGGAAUGCCUUUCCCCUUCUCGCAGCCAAGCCCUGUGACCGGUGGCCUUGCACAAGAAGGCCCCCCAAGUGAUGCCAACCAAACAUAUACUGUGCCGCAGCAAGAAGCUACGCAUGACACACAGGGAUUCGCGUCUGACUAUGACAGACUCACGAGGGAACUUGGCAAGGACUGUGCCACCUUGAGGGAUUUGGUAACUGAUAAUCUAUCUUCCUCUGAUGAGCUGAAUUCAACGCUGGAUAAAGCAAUUCGGUCCGCUGACCAAGUGGCUAGCGUGCAGCGAAAGCUGCUGCUUUCUGUAAAUCAACAGAGGCACCUGAUUGCCGACAGCAAGAUCAUUCACUCCAAGCUGCUAAUGCUUCACCGCAUUUUUCAGAAAGUUGACCCCCAAUACAGCCAGUGGCUCGAAGAGCACGACAUCCUUAAAGACCAUAUUCAACGGGUGGAGCAGCAGCACCGGGAUUUUGUGGGAUCAGAGGAUCUGGGAGUGGACAAGGCAGACGUUCCCCUCGCCGCAAGCAGCAGAACCGUGAGCUGCCGUCGCAACAACAGCAGUAGCAACAGCAGCAACAACAGCAAACGGCGCAAAAGCACUCGACAGUACAAACGGCAGCAGCUUGCUCAGCCUCCAGGGUCGUCCGUGGGAAUUCCUUUAACCGCCGUCAAGACCGAGCGGACUCCAAGUUGCAGUUAA